AUUUUCAUGUCAGUGCGUCAUUGAUACGCCGUCAUCUUUUCAUCUUUUUAUCUUUUCAUACGAAUUGGCAAUGUAAUUUUAAUUCUUUUCUUAUAAGACAAUUCUCCACAAUGUCGUGCUCCGCCGUAUAUAUUCUGGACGUUAAGGGGAAGGUCCUCAUUUCAAGAAAUUACCGAGGAGAUGUUGACAUGGGUGUGAUUGACAAGUUUAUGCCUUUCCUAAUGGAGAAAGAAGAAGAGGGUAUGCUGACUCCACUUCUCCAGACCAGCGAGUGUACCUUCGCUUACAUAAAAACUAACAACUUGUACAUAGUGUCUACUACCAAAAAAAAUGCUAACAUAGCUUUGGUGUUUGUAUUUUUGUACAAAAUUGUUGAAGUUAUGACUGAAUAUUUCAAAGAACUGGAAGAGGAAAGUAUCCGGGAUAACUUUGUUGUUAUAUACGAGCUAAUGGAUGAGCUCAUUGAUUUUGGAUAUCCACAGACAACAGAUAGUAAAAUUCUUCAAGAGUACAUUACCCAAGAAGGCCAUAAACUAGAAAUGCAGCCUCGCAUUCCAAUGGCGGUCACAAAUGCAGUGUCCUGGAGAUCUGAAGGCAUUAAAUACAGGAAAAACGAAGUAUUUUUGGAUGUUAUUGAGUCUGUUAAUCUUCUUGCGAAUUCAAAUGGAAAUGUGUUGCGGAGUGAAAUAGUUGGCGCUAUCAAAAUGAGAGUCUAUCUAUCUGGCAUGCCAGAGUUACGUCUUGGUUUGAAUGAUAAGGUCCUCUUUGAGAGCACUGGCAGAGGUAAAUCCAAAUCAGUUGAGCUGGAAGAUGUGAAGUUCCAUCAAUGCGUGAGACUAUCCCGUUUUGAGAAUGAUCGGACCAUUUCAUUUAUUCCGCCAGAUGGAGAGUUUGAAUUGAUGUCUUACAGACUAAACACCCAUGUGAAGCCAUUGAUUUGGAUUGAAUCUGUAAUAGAGCGUCAUGCUCAUUCUCGUGUCGAGUACAUGAUCAAGGCCAAGUCCCAGUUCAAAAGACGUUCAACAGCAAACAAUGUUGAAAUUAUAAUUCCCGUCCCAGCUGAUGCUGAUUCACCUAAAUUCAAGACUACAAUUGGAAGCGUGAAGUAUACACCUGAGCAGAAUGCUAUAACUUGGUCUAUUAAGUCAUUCCCUGGUGGCAAAGAGUACUUAAUGAGAGCUCAUUUUGGGCUGCCAUCUGUCGAAUGCGAGGAAGUUGAUGGAAAACCACCAAUACAAGUCAAAUUCGAAAUCCCAUAUUUCACAACUUCAGGCAUUCAAGUGAGAUACCUUAAAAUCAUUGAGAAGAGUGGAUACCAAGCUUUGCCCUGGGUCCGUUAUAUCACACAAAAUGGAGACUAUCAACUUAGAACUAAUUAAGAGAUAUUAUUUUAUACAUUCCCUUAUUUAUAAGUAUGCACGCUGUUUAUUUUAUUGUUUGCAAGUUAACACUUGUUUAUUCAGUGUAUUAUUAAAUUAGUAUUAUGUAUUAACGUUUGACAGUAAUAAAUGAUUAUUAAU